GUCCUCGGCGCACCGUGGUUUCGACAGUAAUCGGGAAACAACCUCCACCGACCUUCCUUUCAUUCCGGUUAUCCGUCUGCGUAGGGUGUGCUCCGGAGCUAGUCUCGGCACACAUUUUAUUAUUAUGAAACAAACCAAAAGCUAGAGAGCACACGCAGACAUAUUUUUAUAAGAAAAAUAAAAAAUCGGUGAAGCAGGAUUUGAUUUGCAACCAAGGCAACGCGAAGAAGACGAAGAGAGACGAGAGGAACCAGACCCGGAGUUAAAGCGAGAUUAACGUGAGGCAGUUAAAGAGAAAACAUUUUCUCCGUUGAAAGGGUUUCACUUUAAAGUUUAACCCCACAUUUAGACGAUAACGUCGAGUACUCAUUGCAGUGAAGCAGUCGAGGCUCAGACCUGCUCUCUAACAGUUAGGCCGCUCCGACAUUUUGCUAACCUAGCUAACGUGCCCACGUUGCUAACGGCUCAGCCUGCUCGAGUCUGCGUUUUUAUAUUCUGUGAAGCUGAGACCAGGAAACGGGACCACUACAGUACGGAGGCUGGUAUCGGGUCUCAGUUGUCUACUAUAUUGAAGCUAUUUAAACCUUUAAAGAGAGCACGCGUCGUCAGCCAUGAACCCCAGCGCGCCCAGUUACCCGAUGGCCUCCCUCUAUGUGGGAGACCUGCACCCCGACGUUACCGAGGCCAUGCUCUACGAGAAGUUCAGCCCUGCUGGGCCCAUCCUGUCCAUCCGAGUCUGCAGAGACAUGAUCACCCGCCGGUCCCUCGGAUAUGCUUAUGUUAACUUCCAGCAGCCCGCUGACGCUGAACGAGCCCUGGACACCAUGAACUUUGAUGUGAUCAAAGGCAGGCCUCUCCGCAUCAUGUGGUCUCAACGUGACCCCUCCUUGAGGAAGAGCGGGGUGGGGAACAUCUUCAUCAAGAACCUGGACAAGUCCAUUGAUAACAAGGCCCUCUACGACACCUUCUCUGCCUUUGGAAACAUUCUUUCCUGCAAGGUGGUUUGUGAUGAAAAUGGCUCAAAGGGUUACGGCUUUGUGCACUUUGAGACCCACGAGGCUGCUGAGCGGGCCAUUGAGAAAAUGAAUGGCAUGUUGCUCAAUGACAGAAAAGUAUUCGUCGGACGCUUCAAAUCUCGUAAGGAAAGGGAAGCUGAACUCGGGGCUCGCGCAAAAGAAUUCACCAACGUCUACAUCAAGAACUUUGGCGAGGACAUGGAUGACGAGAAGCUCAGGGAGUUGUUUGGUAAAUAUGGACCCGCACUCAGCAUCCGAGUCAUGACUGAUGAGAGUGGCAAAUCCAAAGGCUUCGGCUUUGUCAGUUUUGAGAAACAUGUAGAUGCACAGAAGGCUGUGGACGACAUGAAUGGUAAAGAACUGAAUGGCAGGCAAGUGUAUGUGGGCCGCGCACAGAAGAAAGGAGAGCGUCAGAAUGAGCUCAAGCGCAAAUUUGAGCAGAUGAAGCAGGACCGCAUGACCAGAUACCAGGGUGUUAACCUGUACGUCAAAAACCUGGAUGAUGGUCUUGAUGACGAACGUCUGCGUAAAGAGUUCUCUCCAUUUGGAACUAUUACAAGUGCUAAGGUGAUGAUGGAGGGCGGGCGCAGCAAAGGCUUUGGCUUUGUUUGCUUCUCUUCCCCCGAGGAGGCCACUAAAGCUGUAACAGAGAUGAACGGCCGCAUUGUUGCCACAAAGCCACUGUAUGUGGCCCUGGCUCAGCGCAAAGAGGAGCGCCAGGCUCAUCUCACCAACCAGUACAUGCAGAGAAUGGCUACAGUCCGAGCUGUGCCCAACCCUGUUCUCAACCCUUAUCAGCCUGCCCCACCUUCAGGCUAUUUCAUGGCGGCUAUUCCUCAGGCACAAAACCGUGCAGCAUACUACUCUGCCAACCAGCUUGCCCAGCUUCGCCCCAGCCCCCGUUGGGCCACUCAAGGAGUGCGUCCUCAGCACUUCCAGAACAUGCCCAAUGCUAUGCGCCCAUCAGCUCCAAGGCCGCAGACCUUCAACACCAUCCGUCCUACAGCCACCGCCAACACCCAGGUCCCACGCAUGAUGGCUUCCCAGCGCAUGCCCACCCAAGCCCUCGGCCAGCGUCCUGCAGGUGCUUCAGCCACUGCUGCCCCAGUGCGUGCCAUGCCCCAGUACAAGUAUGCUGCUGGCGUGCGCAACCCUCAGCAGCACAUGGCCUCCCAGCCACAGGUCAACAUGCAGCAGCCUGCUGUCCAUGUCCAAGGACAGGAGCCCCUGACUGCCUCCAUGCUGGCUGCUGCCCCUCCUCAGGAACAGAAGCAGAUGCUGGGUGAGCGUCUGUUCCCACUGAUCCAGAACAUGCAUCCCAGCCUUGCAGGCAAAAUCACAGGUAUGCUGCUGGAGAUCGACAACUCAGAGCUUCUCCAUAUGCUGGAGUCUCCUGAGUCCCUGCGCUCAAAGGUGGAUGAGGCUGUUGCUGUGCUUCAGGCCCACCAGGCCAAGGAGGCUGCUCAGAAGUCCACCACCCCUGCUGGUGGUCCCAGUGUCUAAGAUUGAGCGUUUUGAAACCUGCUUCACCGAUGGAAAAAGAAAAAAAAAUUAAACAUUGAAAAACCUAAAACUCUGAAAACAUCGCAAAAUGAUAAAUCAUUUCUUAAAAAAAGAGAACAAUUGAGUCUGCCAGGUCUAGGGACGGUUUGACUAGACCUUGAUCAUAAAUAAAAAUUUGUUUAAAAAAAAAAGCAAAAUAGAGAAAAAUCAAAAUUAUAAAUUUGAAUGCAUUCCUGUUUUAUGUCAUUUUACUGUGCUAGUGCUCCGAUUAUCAGCCAUGUUCAGGAAGGUGAUCACUGAGCACUUUGAAGGUGAUUUGUAUUGUAAACUGGCUGUAAUAAAUUCUCAUUCAAUA